CCCCAUAGCCAUGGCCCCGGGCCCCACCUACCAUCCAUCGCUGUACCCCCCUGACCCUGAGCCUUCCACCCAUCCCCCACUCCCUUCCAUGCUUCGGUUCUGGGUCUGGGGAAGAGCAACGAGCCCUGCUCGACUGAGAAACGAAACUACUCGGCCGGGGGGGCGGGGCCGGGGCCGCGGAGCCGGGGGGACCCGGGCAUCCCGGGGCAUCUGGGGGCCCCUCGUCGGCGGGGACGCAGGCGGGCCCUCUGCAGCCUCCGAAAUGGCCCUCAAGCAGCCGAAAGCGGAGGCCUUCUGCCAACAGGCACCCAUCUUCCUUGACUACCUGCACAGCAUCCUGCAGAAGUACCCUGACGGGGGGCAGAUCCUUAAGGAGCUGGUGCAGAACGCGGACGAUGCUGGCGCUAAUGAAGUUGUGUUUGUGUCUGACGAGCGGGAGUUUGACAUCACCGGAGGGGGCCUGGAGGGCACCCAGGGCCCAGCACUGCUGGCCUACAAUGAUGCCGUGAUGUCCCCCCGGGACUGGACAGGGCUCCUGCGCCCAGGGGUGUCUCACAAGCAGAAGGACCCCAGCACCGUGGGGCGCUUCGGCCUGGGCUUCACUUCUGUCUACCACCUCACUGACCUGCCAGGUGUGCUGAGCCCCCCGUCCUUGGGGGUACUGGACCCGGAAUGCCAGGUGCUGCUACUUGCCGGUGCCCGCUGGGAUGUCUCUGCAGCCCAGGACCUUCCUGGCCUUUUUGAGCCCUUCUGGGCUGGCCUAGAAGCUGUGGGACAGCACCGUGACUCUGCCCGGGGCACCCUCUUCCGCUUCCCCCUCCGCCGGCAACCCUCGGGAAUUUCUGCAGGGGUCUCCAAUCCUGAGCGCCUCUGUAGCCUUUUCCAGACCUUCCUCACUGAGGCCCCUCUUGCCCUCCUCUUCCUCCGCCAUGUCCGCCGCAUGGCCCUGUACCGCGUGGCCCCUGAUGGGGUCCAGACCCUCGUGGGGACCCUUGCGGCAUCCUCUCAACCUCUCCCUGUCCCAGGGCCAUCAGGGGAUGCGGGGAUGAGUCUGGCAUGGCGCCUGGUGGCCCUGCAUGGGGAUGGGGUGGGCGAUGGGAGUGAAUGGCUGGUGGGCACGGGCAGGGCAACGGAGGGGCCAGCUGUGGCACUGGGCGCAGGGCUGGGGUGCUGCCCCGAGCUGAGCCUGGCGCACCCUCUCCAUGGGCCCUGCCAAGGGCGGCUGUGCUGCUUCCUACCCCUGCCAGCCACGGAGGAGAUGGCCACAGGGCUGCCCGUCCAUGCCAGCGCCCCUUUUGCCCUCUCCGAUGACCGCCGCCACCUCCGCUGGCCCGAGGAGGGUGAGGAGGGCACGGAAGAUGCCCGCUGGAAUGCUCUGCUGCUCCUUGGCCUUCUGCCGCGGGUCUACGGCCACAUGGCUGUCGUGGUCACAGCUCUGCCUGGCACAGAAUCGUACAGCAUCUGGCCAGACCCAGAGUGCACGCCCAACAGUGGCCGCAUCCGCAGUUUGGUGACCCAAGUUUGCCGGGAGCUGGCGGCUGCCCACACCCUGGUGCCAGCCACGGAGGGAGCCACAGGGCGGCUGCGGCCCCCUGAGGCUGUGCUGCUGCCGGAGGCUGGAGGCGAUGUGGCUGCACGGCGGGUGGUCCAGGCCUUGCUGGUGGCAGCUGGGGAGCCAGUGGCUGAUGUCCCAGCCCACGUCCGGAGGGCACUGGCUUUGGGGAUGGCGGAAGGCAUGCGGGAGGCCACGGCGGGCCACGUGCGGGAGGUGCUGCGGCACCACGGGGCCGUAGGCCUCCCAGCUGCCGACCGGCUCUCCCUGCUGCGCUACGUGGCCAGGGAUGGGUGCCAUGCUGAGCUGCGGGGUCUCCCCCUCCUGCCUCGUGCCGAUGGGACCUUCGUGGCCUUUGGGACUGCGUCAGCCAUUGUCUACGUGGACACGUCCGACUGCCCCAGGGAGCUCCUGCCCGGCCUGGCCGCGUCCUUUGUGCCCUCAGACCUGGAGCCAGGCUUGGACAGCCUCCUGCGAGGCAUUGCCAAGGCGGGUCUCUUCCCCAACCUGGUUCUGCUGGACCCAGCCGUGACUGUCCAGACCCUACGCUCGGCUCUGCCCCUGACCUGGACAUCCCAGUCUUCAACCCCAGUGACCUGGUGCCCGGCCCAAGGCCUCCCCCAGCCUCCAGCCUCCUGGUUCCCAGCCCUGUGGAGAUUCCUGGCCAGCCAUGUGGAAGACCUAGGCCCUCUGGAGGGACUCCCUCUCAUCGCCCUGUCCCAACUGGAUACCCCCAGCAUCCGUCUGGCUCCACUGAUACCCCAGUCCAGUCUUAUCUUCCAGGCAUGGGAGGACCAGUGCCUGCCAUCUGCUGUGGCCUCUGUCCUGGAGGUCCUGGGUUGUUCAGUGGUGCCGCCAGGCAUGUGGCAUCGCUCCCUGCCCUACUAUGUCCUGCCUCCAUCCCCACUCAAUGCCCUGCGGGCCCUAGGCAGGCAGGGGACUUCAAGUGUGGCCUCCCACCUGGCCUUACUGCCUGCUGCAGAUGUGCUCACCCUCCGGCUCUACCUGGCAGACAUCCCAUCCCUGACAAAGCAGGACAGGGACACACUGGCUGCUCUGCCCCUCUUCAUCGCACUGCCCUGCUUGGCCACGCCGCAGCCCAUGGAGCUGGUACCAGCCGGUGCCACCCCAGCGCUGGAGCCAGAGCUGGAACUGCCGAGAGAUGUGGUGCUGCCGAAGGCCAUGUUGCAGUGCCGGGAUGAAGCUGACCGGCGGCUCCUGGGGCGGCUUCAGAGGCCCCUCAUCAGUGCAGCCCACAUGGCGCUGGAGGCCAUCAACGCCGUGGCCGAGGGCGCCUAUGCAGGGCGGGCAGCUGAGAUACAGGCUCUGCUGCUCUGGGUGCUGCAGCAUGGAGACAUCCUCUUUGCACAGAGCCCCUCACUGCAGCAGGCCUGCAGCAGGCUGGCCUUCCUGGAGACUCCCAACGGCCCCAAAUGCCCGCAAGACCUCUACGACCCCUGCGAGAGCACCUUGCAGGCACUGCUGGGCCCUGAGCACUUUCCUCCUGCUGCCUUCCACAGUCCGCCUGUCCUCCGUGCCUUGAAAGCCCUGGGUUUGCGGCAUGGUGAGGGCUGCCUCGUGCCUUCAGACAUCCUAGAGGCUGCAGCAAGUGUGAGUAAGGGUGACGCAGCGGCUCUGGACAGGGCUCAGGCACUGAUCGAGGUCUGCAACUGCCCCAAGGAACUGGCUGGCUUCAGCGCUGAAAAGCUCAGGCAGCUCCAGGAGCUGCCAUGGGUGCCUCGUUCCAAAUGCACUGGAAAUCCUGGGCAGCCCUUCCUGCCCCCCAAGGAGCUGCGGUCCACCCAGUACCAGGCCUUGGUGGGGCUUGCCAUGCACCUGACUGGUGCCUUUGUGCCAGAGGCAGAGAAGAAGCUGGGGCUGAGCCAGACACCACCGCCAGAGAGAGUGUGGGAGCAACUAAGACAGCUGGCAGCAUGCAGCAACAUGGAUGAGGUAGGUCCUGCACUCCGGCCUGUCUACCAGCACAUGCAGGAAGACUUGAAGACCUUUAGGGCUGCUCCGGAUGAUGCUGUCGUGUGGACUGGUGCUGGGUUUGUCCUGCCAUGUGAUGCUGUGCUGGGCUAUCCAGAGAAGCUGGAGCUGGGGAUGCUGGUGCCCUGCGUGCCCCCUGACUUCCUGCCCUAUAGCUGCCUCUUCAGGGCUUGGGGGGUGGAGGCAAGGGUGAGCGAGGAGAGGGUGGUUGCAGCUCUGCGCCGCCUGGGCCAGGACAUAGACACACGCAGCUCAAGAGCUGGCACUGCAGCAGAGUUGGAAGUGGCUCUAGCUGUCCUGGAGUGGCUUAAGAGCCAGGGGCACCAUGGCGAGGGCACAGUGCCGAUUCCUGUGAGGAUUCUGGAUGGCUCAGGCUUUGCCCUCCGCCCGGCUGCCUCUACUGUGUACCUGGACAUGGAGCUGGAGGCAGAGGAGGAUGUUCAGGAGGUGGUACAUGAGGCAGUGCCAUCCAGCACGGCCAGAUUCCUCGGCACGGAGCUGCUCAGCACGCGGGUGCUAGGGCUGGAGCCAUUUACAGCCUGCGGCCCCUCAGAGCCCAUCACCUUACGGCUUCACAACAUCCUCCAGGAGUAUGGUGAGGAGGGUGACCUCUUCACAGAGAUUGUCCAGAAUGCAGAAGAUGCUGGAGCUACUGUGUGCCGCUUCCUCCUGGACCUCCGACACCCCAGAAAGGCCACCUCUGGGCUGCUGGACCCUGGCAUGGCUGCCUGCCAUGGCCCAGCCCUCUGGGCCUACAACAAUGCCCUGUUCACGGAGGAUGACCUCCGUAACAUCACACGGGUUGGGGCUUCUAAGAAGGAGGGCCAGGCAGGCCAGAUCGGGCGCUUUGGGCUGGGCUUCAGCUCUGUGUACCGUGUCACAGAUGUGCCAGCAGUGCUGAGUGGGGAGACACUGCUCAUCUUUGAUCCUAAUGGCACCCACCUGGCCAAGCACAUCCCCAGGGCCGGCUGCCCUGGCAUCCGCCUGGACUUCUCCAGCCGACCACGCAUCCUCCGUGCCUUUGCUGAGCAGUUCUGGCCGUACCACGGUGUCUUUGGGUGCCACCUGCCUGAGCCAGAACCCUUUCCAGGGAGCCUUUUCCGCCUGCCUUUUCGCACUGAAGAGGAAGCUGUGACAUCACAGAUUUGCUCAGAGGCCUUUGGUACAGAGCGCAUCCAGUCCCUUGGCACCAGCUUCCUUGGCUCGAACCGACUCCUGCUGCUCUUCCUGCAGAGGGUGAGGGAGAUGUCCCUGGAGAUGCUGCCAGACAUGGCUGCCUCUGCAGAGGAUACCGUGCCUCUGGCCAUGCUGUGGCGAAAGGAGAUCCGAGACUUGGGGUCCUCUGGGGAACCCUCAAGCUGGGCAGCCAUCAGGCAGCUUACAGCCCGUGAGGAGGCAUCCCAGACCACAUGGCACUACCUAGUUUUGGUGUGUAAGGAUGAUGGGGAGUUGCUGGAACUGUUUCACCGGAACACACAGGCAGGGCUCCAUCCUCUACCUCCCAUGGCUGGUGUGGCCCUUCCCCUUGCCCUUACUGCAGAUGGCAAGUGGGUCCCACAUCUGGGUGCUGAGGAGGGGCAAGUCUUCUGCCACCUUCCCAUGCCAAUUACCUCAGGGCUGCCAAUCCACGUGCAUGGGGCCUUCAGCAUCCUCUCAAACCGCAAGGGGCUGUGGGACACAGCGGAGCGGGGUGAGUGGAACCGGGUGCUGCUCCGCAAUGCCGUGCCAGUUGCCUGGCUCCGGGCGCUUGACCACCUCCGCACCAUGCAUGAGGCAGGUGAGUUGAAGAACUAUGAAUAUCAUGUCUUCUGGCCAGACGCUGACACUGCCCGUUACCCAUUUACGGAAGCUGUGACUGGUUUCUACCAUGCUGUGGCAGCCAGGGAUGGCCCCAGGCUCUUUUCUGAUGGCUACUCAUGGUGCUCACUGCAAGAUGCCCGCUUCCUUCACCAGGCUGUGGUCAGACACCCCAAGCUGGGUGCUGUGGCAAAGCGUGUCUUUGCCACCACCCUGCCCCAUCCCUGGUUAGCUGUGACCUUGCCAGAGAAGGUGCGGAGGGGCCUUGGGAAGGCAGCAGAUGCUGGCACCUAUGACUGGCCCCGCUUUCACUGCGAGCUUGUGCUUCCCAACUUGAAAGACCUGUUGGCUGUUGACCGGGACCCACUGCUUCUCCAUGCGCUGGAUAUGUCCCAUGAUGAUGUGGACAAAGUGCUGCAGAGAGUGCCCUGUAUUCCUGCCACCCCUCAUGGCCACCUGCAGCUCAUCAAUUGCCUGGUGCAUCCCAGAGGCCGCAUUGCCUCUUUAUAUGACCCUAAGGAUGGGCGCUUCCCCACUGGGGAUGCCUUCCUCUCCCCGGAAAGACUAAGCCGUCUGGAGAGGCUGGGCAUGGUUAAGGACACAGUAACCCUGCCUGAGCUGCUGGAGCGGGCAAAGACAGUGCAGCUUAUCUGGACUGAGGACUGUGCCCAGGGCUGUCAGAGGGCUACCUGCAUCCUUGAGCUGCUUCAGGAUGCAGUGGAGGAGAGGGUGAACAACACCAUUCAGGCAGCUUUCCAGACUGUGCCCUUCCUCCCUGGUACACUGCCAACUGGUGAACAUGUGCUGUUGCCAGCUGCCCAGCUCUACCAUCACCUCCGUGCCCCACUAGUGGGACUUGUCCAUGCUACCUUGGCUCCUAAGGUGCUGGGAAAAAAAUUCAGCCUUCCCAAGGAGGUUGCAUCCUUCUUGGGGCUGGACCGGCAGCCACCAGCAGCUACAGUCCUUGAGCAGCUGAAGGCACUGAGCUGUAGCUCCAACGCUCUCCCUUUGAAGACCCUGCAGGAGAGCGCCUGCUGCUGCUACAGUUACCUACAUGAGCUGCUCCGGAGAGAUCACGCCAGCUGGGGUGAGGUGGCUUCUGCAGUGGCCCAAGGGGAGCCCUUUAUCUUGGUGGGCUCCCGCUUUAUGCCGGUCACAGCUGUGGCUAAGAUGCUGUUAUUUAAGGCUGCCCCGUAUCUUCACCAGCUCCCAGAGCAGUACCAACACUACAGCCAGCUCUGGGAGUGUGUAGGCCUGCGCCACACAUUCACCUGGGAUGAUUAUGCCCAAGUGCUCUGCAUCCUGGCAGAGAUGCAUGCUGGAGAGCCACUGCCUGCUGCAGAGCUGGCUCUGGCCUUGAGGCUGGUGUCUUGUGGCCUGAUGUCAGUUGACAAAAAGCCAGAUGCCUACCAGACCCAGCAACUCUUUCUACCUGACCAGGAGGGCAUUUUGCGUCCACGGGACAAGCUCCACUUCAAUGAUACACCAUGGAUGCCAGUGGACAGAGAUGUCCUGCUGUGUCAUGAACAGCUGUGCCGAGCCACAGCCCUGCACUUUGGGGUGCCUACUACACGCCACCGGGCACUGGAGAAGAGCCGCCUGCUCACUGCAGAUCUGAGCCUCUGGGUGCAGCCAUUUGGUGCCCAUGAAGACUUGCCUACACGGCUGAAGAACAUCUUGGGUGAGUACUCAGCAGCCUCUUGCGAUAUGGUGAAAGAGUUGCUCCAGAAUGCAGAUGAUGCUGGUGCGGGGCUUGUGCAUUUUGUGUGGGACCGCCGGCAGCACCCCGUGGAUACCACUUUCAGUGAGAACUGGAACUUCCUGCAGGGCCCUGCCCUCUGCAUCUACAGUGACAGACCCUUCCAGCAGCAGGACAUUGAAGGCAUUCAGCAACUGGGGGUAGGUGGCAAGCGAGGCCGGCAGGAUGUCACAGGCAAAUAUGGCCUUGGCUUCAACACUGUCUUUCAUUUUACUGACUGCCCAGCCUUCCUUACCGGAGACAGUGCCCUGUGUGUCUUUGACCCCCAUCUCUACUACGUGCCCGGAGCCACAGCUGAGAGGCCUGGCGGGAUGUUUGCUGUCCACCAUGAAUUCAAGAGGACCUUUCCAGACAUUUAUGGCACCUUCCUACCUUCAUUCUUCAACCUGAACCAGGGUGUCCUUUUCCGGCUGCCCCUCCGCACUGCAACUGGACCUGCCAUCUCCAAGGUAUCCAACAUGGUUGUGCGGGACCAAGACAUCAUGGCUGUGGAGACAGUACUGGCUGAGGAAGGUGAGGACUUGAUGCUCUUCCUCCGGCACCUCCGCACCGUGAUCUUCUCUGAGAUCCCCCCAGAUGGGGGGCAGAUGUUGGAGAAGCUGCGGGUGGCCACACAGCUGACAGAUAGUGAUGCAGAGCUAAGACAGGGUUUCCAAAUGAGAUUGAGCCAAGCCAUGGAUGGGUUUGGCCCCACCUCUGUCUCCUAUAUCAUGAGAGUCAAAACCAGCAAGUCCAGGGCCAGCACCAUGUGGAGGGUGAUCUCCCAAAUUGGGGUGCAGGAAGGGGCUGAGGAGUCUCCAGUGCCUGGGCAGAUGCCCUAUGGGACUGUGGCUGGCUGCCUGACACCAUUGGACUUGAACAAAGUCACGAGCAAAGCUUUCUGCACCCUGCCACUGCCACUGACCACAGGGUUGCCUGUGCACAUCAAUGCCAACUUCUCUGUGAAUGCGGCCAGACGCAAUCUCUGCCAGGACCCAGGCAGCACAGAGGCAGCCUGGAAUGACUUCUUGCUCCGUCACUUGGUGACUCCACUAUACUGUGCCUUUCUCACCAGGCAGUGGAAAGCCCUGGGGCCUGAAGGGCUCCAGUUCAGGUCUCUGGAGGUCUGCCAGAAGCACCUUGUCUCCCACUACCUCCAGUUCUUCCCUACUGUUACAGAGGUGCUCCCUACCUUUCAGGACCUGGUGAGGAAUGUCUACAGGCACCUCAGUCAUGAACGCCUGCCCCUGGUGCCAGUGUACCAUGUGAAGCCCCCUGACAGCGUGGUGACAUUGACCUGGGCAUGUCCAGGUGGUGGGGAUGUGCUAACGGAGCCAUACUUCCUCCAGGAGAAGCUUGAUCCAGCUCUCCAGGAGGUGCUGCAGCACCUGAACAUGAACCUGGUGCCAUCAUUUGCCCAGCUGCAGCUGAUCUAUAAGGGGUUCAUUGAAGCCCAAGUGCAGGCUGUUGCCUUGGAGCCAGCCUCUCUCCGGUGCUUCCUCCAGGCCCUGGCCAGCCCCCUGCCCUGUGUGCUGGCUGAGACACCCCUGAGGACCCCAAGGAACUGUUCCGUCCUGCUGAAAUACUUCCUUGAGGUCAAUGCAGAACUGGAAGGCCUGCCCUUGUUGGCCACACAUGAUGGCUGCCUGAAUGCCCUCAGCACCCACCACCCAGUCUUCAAAAACACCUUUGCCCACCUCUUCCCCCACCAAAGCCAUCGCUUUGCUGAUAAGUUAAUUUCUGACUUGACCCUGCCUUGCUUUGUGAAGGACCUUGGCCUCCUGGAGGCGAUACCACUCAUCCAGGAGGCACUGGGUCAGCUGAAGAGGACCACAGAGAAGAAGUGGCUCAAGGAGCUGUGGAAGUUAUUCAGUGCUGUGGUCAACACAGCGGAGGACAUGGAUUCAUUCAUGGAUGGUCUCCGGGAUAUGGUGGUGCUGCCUGUUCAGGGCUAUGAAAGAGACUCGGAGCAGCUGCUGGCACUAUCCUCCCUCCCCAAUGUUCUUUUUGACUGUGACUCAGAGGUGGCCAAGGUGCUGCACAAACUGGGCAUCCCUGUGCUCCAGAAGUCCCUGCUGCCUCUUUAUUUUGCCUACAGCUACCUGAAGAAAAGGACACUGCAGGCCACAGAGCCCAAGGCUGUGGUGGCCCAGCUGGCGGCCACCAGAGAUGAUCUCCGCUGGAGGGACUUAAAGGAGAGAGAUGUUUCAUUCCUGCUGUACUUUGUGCAGGGAAAACUGGAUUUGGUGGCACUGGAGCAGCUCAAGCUCCUGCCUCUCUUUCGGAAGUAUGGUGGGGGCUAUGUACCUGUGGCAUCCUACCACAAGGUGCUGUUGCUCAAAAGCCAGUUCUCAGAACUGCCUCUGGGUGUCCAAGCCCUGUACAACCUGGAGAAGGGCAUGUUGCUGCUCAGAGCAGACAAGAUCUACCUGAAUCUGCACAAGAAUUUGCAGUGGAAGCUCAUAGAUGACCAGCAGCUCUUCUUGACCGUGGUGCUGCCCCGGCUGUCCCAGCUCACAGCUGCAGAGCUUAUGGAAGCUGUGCGCUUGUUCCUUACCCUGCGACACUGCUAUCAAAUUAAGUUCAACAAAGAUGAUGUGGCAGCUUUUCAGACUGUGGCCUUUAUACCCGAUGCCAACGGUGUGCUGCGCCUGGCCUCCUACUUCUAUGACAACACACCCUCCUUCUGCACUCUGCGGCUCCAACACCGCUUUGUCCCUGAGUCUUUCUUUGAGGAACUAGGUUACAACCAGAAGGCUGCUAAGGGCUUCCUGCUUGAGGCAGGUGUCUGCACCAACCUCUCUGUGGAGGAUUUUGUGGCACUGGCCCAGGAGAUAGAGCAUGAAGCCACUCAGGCUAGGUGCCACACUGAAGAUCUGCUGGCGCGACAGCAGGAGAUGCACCAACAGCUUGUUAGCCUGUUGGAGAAUCCGUUGUCAAAGGAUUUCCUACAGCAAAUUGCCACAAUCCACUUCCUGCCUCCACUGGACAUCCACCCAGAUUUGAGGAGCCUCCAUCCCCCUUUUGCAGCCUGCACGAAGCCUGUGGCCCUGAAGGGCAGCGUUUACUGCUGCAAAGAAGAUGUGGCUGAGCUCCUGUGGACAUCAGCCACCAUCCUGCCGAAGUCCUUGGCGCUCAAGCAGGACGACCUGAAGGCCAUGGGAGUCUGUGUAGAGAUACCCACUGCCUUGGUGGUGGCCAACCUGGAGCAGGUGUGCAGGGCAACAUGCCAGACGCCUCACCAGGUGAAUACACGGGUCAGAGUGCUCAAGAAAGUGUACCAAUUCUUACAGAUCCAUCUGAAGGAGGUAGAUGCAGAGCACCUUGCUAAGUUGCCUGUGGUGCUGGCCAAGUCAGAGCACAUGGCCAUGCCGUGUCAAGUGGUGACAUCACUCCCAGAUGAGGCUGACUUUUACCCUUACCUCCUCACGCCUGACCCACGCGUGGCUGUCUAUGGAGACCUCUUGAAACACCUUGGGGUGGUCCUGCUCCCCACACUAACUCACUACAGCCAUGUCCUGGCCCAAAUCUACCAGGAGAGCCAUGUGAGUGGGACCCUCAAUAGUACCCAGAAGAAGACAGUCCUGCUGGCCACACAGCACUUCUUCCAGCUGCUGCGGGAGGCACAGGAGCCCCCCGAUUUCUCCACUGUGACUGAGCUGUACUUGCUAAGCACUGCUGACUGCCUAGAGCCAUCCCACAGGCUAUACUUCAAUGACUGCGUGUCCUCAAGUACCUUUAGGAUCUUGGAGAAGACUUUUGUGUUUAUCGCUGAACUGCCAGUGACCGGGUGUAAUGCCUGGUGGCUGCUGCAAAUGCUACCACAGCACCUGCGGCCACGGGCGCUUUCAGAGGUCACAGAGCAGCAGCUGGAGGAGGGCGGUCUGCAGCUAUGUUGCUAUGGUUCUCACUGCCCUGGGCAGAGGCGUCUGCAGACCCUCCUGGUAUCACCAUGGUUUAGGAUGGGGCUGGAAGCCUUGCUCCGGUGGCAGAGUCACAGGGCUAUGGCAAGAAUGGAGGGGGAUGGUGGCUUUGCAGUGGAGCAGCUGAAAGUGCAGUGCUGCAAGGACAUCCGCACUGUGCUGAUCCACCAUGGUGCAAAGGUGGAGGGCAGCUCCCAGCCACGGGUCAUCCAUGUGAGCCUGUCUGAUGGUGCCCAGCGACUCCUCUACAUCCGGCAUGCAGAUAUGGUGCUGAACCGGCACCAGCUGAGGGUCGUGGAAACACUAGCGCAGGAGAUCAAUAUCAUCCUGGGUGGACAGCUGGAAGCACCCGCCUUGUCAGUGCUGCGUGAAAUGCUGGUCUGCCAGGAGCCACAGGAUGUGGUCUUUGUUCUGGAGGAGAAUGACGUGGCACUGGUUGGUGCUGCACCAGAGCUGGAGCUGGAGCUGGAGAAGCAACUGCAGGAGGAGGCUGUGGCAGAAAGGAAGCCAUGGAAGGAUUGGCACAGCCUGAUGCCAGAGGCGAGUGGUGAUGGGGAUCACAGGCUCGCAACCUUGUGGCAACCGGGGGCUGUCAAGCAGCCAAAGGUGUUGCAGGACCUCUGUGGCCAGUACAACACUGCAAGCGCCAUGGAACCAACUCCAUCCAUCCCAGAAGCCCAGCGGUGGCUGCGACAGGCCGAGAAUGACCUGCAGGCAGCUCACAAUGACAUCAGGCACUGCUGCCCCAACUGGGUCCUCUUCAAGGUGCAUCAGGCUCUGGAGAAGGCGCUGGUGGCUGCUGUACUUUGCCAUGGUGAGGCCUCUAAGGCCCCAGUGGGGCUGGUGGGGCUGGCCCAAUGGCUGGAAGCAGUGGAGCCAAAGCUGAGGGGCCUGGCAAAGAAGGUGGAGUGGUUGCACGGCUGUGGCGUGGAUGGCAAGGCCACACAGUACCCGAGUUACCACCCCUUCCCCAUCACCCCCAAAGAGGCCUUUGACAGUGUGGAUGAGGAGGAGAUACUGCAGCAGGUGCAAGGAGUGCUGGGGAGGCUGCAGGACCACGUGGACAGAAUGUGAGGAUGUCCCCACAGAGGGGGCACUGGCAACUGGGCCAUGGGACCACCAUGGACCCACCAUGGACCUGUCAUGGACUCACCACAGACAAUUCCAGACUGCCCAGCCCUGCAGCAGGGCUGGACUGAGGUAGGAGGGAUUUGGGGACUGAUAGGGGGUCUAAGGCUGCUGAAAGUCACGGGGUAGCAUGUGCUGUUGGCAUGCCUUGAGAGCAGGGGAAAUAAAGUACAAUAAGAAAUGUUGUGGUGCUGGUAGAGCCUUCACUAACAGUGUGGUCAGGGGACAUGGAGAAGUGGUAGGUGACUUGAGGUGUGUGGAAGGUGAAGCUGGCAAUGAAGGGGCUUAGAGGAUUGUGGUGGGUUGACUUUGGCUAGCCACCAGGUGCCUAGGAAGCCACUCUAUCACUCCACCUCUUCAACAGGACACAGACACAUAAUGAAAAUCUCAUGGGACAUGAUAAGGACAGGGAGGUCACUCACCAAUUGCUGUCACAGGCAAAACAGACUUGACUUGGGGAAGUGAAAUUAAUUUAUUGCCAGUUAAACAGAGUAGAGUAAUGAGAAAUAAGAAUAAACCCAAAAUACCUUCCCCCACCCCUCCUUUCUUCCUGGGCUCAACUUCACUCCUGACUCUUCUAUCUCCUCUUCCCCGAGUGGUGCUGGGGGAUGGGGAAUGUGGGUUGGGGUCGGCUUGUAAGACUUUGUCUCUGCGCUCCUUCCUCCUCACACUGUUCCCCUGCCCCAGUGUGGGGACCCUCCCAUGGGAGACAAUUCUGCACUGAUUUCUUCAACAUGGGUCCUUCCCAUGGGCUGCAGUUCUUCAAGAACUGCUCUGGCAUAGGUCCUUUACUUGGGGUGCAGCCCUUCAGGAACAGACCGCUCCAGUGUGGGUCCCCCACAGGGCCACAGGUCCUGCCAGAAGACCUGCUCCUGCAUGGACUCCUCUCCACAGGCCGCAGCCCCUGCCAGGAGCCUGCUCCAGUGUGGGCUCUCCAUGGGCUGCAUCUCCACCAGCUG